UGUCUAUCUUGUGUUAAAAGAUGGCCAAACCUUUCCCGACAACUCAUUAAUUGCUUAAAUAUCAAAUCAACCCACCAUGAACAGCAUGUGCAAUCUUGAAUAAAAGCAUUCAAACUUUAUCUUUCUUCACUUGUAAUCUUGUUUUCCCAUUCAAACUUUGCUCCCAGAGUCGAGCUUUUCCUUUAUUUAUAUUGCUUGGGGAAGGAGAAAUGGAGGAGUCUAACAAUUAUGGCCACCAACAUCCCCUGCUUCUUAUCUUGAAUCAAGACCAGCUGAUCCACAAUCAAAGUGGUGUAACUCAUUGCUCCAGGUGUGGGGAGAAGGUGUCUGCUCCAUGUUUUUGCUGUGCGGAGCGCUGUGGGUUUUAUGUUCACAAGGUAUGUGCCGAGGCACCUUUGGAGCUUAAUCAUCCUUUUCAUACUCAUCAUCCUCUUCUUCUUAUGCAAAAUGCCCCUUAUUCAUCUGGACUGUACAUUUGCAAUUUUUGCGAUCAAGACGGUAGUAAGUUUGUUUAUCACUGCUCUUGCGGAUUGGACUUUCAUAUUAAAUGUGCUUUGUUUACAUUUAAUAUUGCUGAGAAUAAUUUGAAAGAGCUUGACCAUGUUGCCCUUCAACAUCCUUUGAUUUCCACUGAAAACGGUGAUGAAGAACUUGGAGAUGUUAGUAAGUGCUUUGGAUGUUGGGAACCAUUAGCAAAGUAUACACACUUUUCUCCUGACUGUGGAUUUAAUUUCCAUGAGAAAUGCGCUAAGCUUCCUUUCAAACUGAAUCAUGAGUGCCAUCGCAAGCAUCCUCUUGCUCUACAAUUUAAUAGCAAACGGCUCUCUUGCAAGAUAUGCAGAGAAACCAAUCGAGAAACAGAUCGCAGGCGUAUAGGAUUUGUUUAUGGUUGUUCACCCUGUAAGUUUGCUGUUCACAUUGAAUGUGUAUCAGCAUCUUUAGAUCUUGUUGUUGAAGAUAAAAGCCAUGAACAUCCUUUCAGUUUGUUUACAAGGAGAUCGUCAUUCAUUUGUGAUGCAUGUGGUAUGGAAGGAAGUUAUGCUUCCUACAUAUGUUGUACAUGCAACAUUAUGGUUCAUAAAAAGUGCACUUCAUUGCCGCGCAUCAUCAAAAGCAAGUGGCAUGAUCAUCGCCUUUUUCACAUAUAUUUCUUUCCGGAUGAAUUUACAAGUUCAGACUGCAUGAUUUGUCAUGAUGAAGUCGAUCCAGAGCAUGGUAGUUAUUGUUGUUCACAUUGCAAUAUUACAUUCCAUGUGCGUUGUGUGACAGAGGAUAAACGCUCAUAUUCAAUAGUUUCACUAGAAAAUGAAGAUGAGAUGCCCAAUGAAAGUUCCAUCAUUGUUAUUGAGAGCAACGAUGCUGGAGAAGCUACAAAAAUAAAGCAUUUCAAGCAUAUGCAUAAUCUAAUGUUAGGUCCCUUUGAUGGAGGAUACGAAAAUAAUUGCGACGGGUGUAUGUUGCCAAUCUCGGAUCCAUUUUACUACUGUUCAGAAUGUGUUUUUUUUCUUCAUAAAGCGUGUGCCGAGUUACCUAAGAUGAAGAAUGUUUGGCAUGAGUUGUGCCGAGAACCUCUUGCCCUUAUUUCAGACAAAGUUUUUGAGUGUGCGAAAUGUCGGCACAUAUGUAAUACCUUUGCUUAUGAAUGUAGUGAAUGUGAGAGUAAGAGGUGUCUCAGAUGUGUGAUUGCGCUUACCCCUGGUGCUCGAACAUCUUUGAGACAUGAGCACCCCCUCUUUUUCUACAAAGAUUACCAUGGGCGCUGUGAUGCUUGUGGUAAUCUUACAUUGGGAGCAUUUUGUUGUAAGGAUUGCAAUUUUGUGCUACAUUUUGGAUGUUUUUCACUUCCAAUUACAGCUCAUCACAAAUGUGAUGAGCAUCUUCUUUCACUCACUGCUCAUAAUGAUAACAAAUAUUUAGAAAGUCAUUAUUGCGAUAUUUGUGAAGAAAGUCGAGAUACAAAUCGUUGGUUUUAUCAUUGUGCAAUAUGCGAUACUUCUGUUCAUGUUAAUUGUGUUCUUGGAAAAUAUCCAUUCCUCAAACUUGGGAGCAUAUUUGAAGAAACAGAUCAUCCACACCCACUCACUAUCGUGAAGAAGAAGUAUUACUACCUUGAUUGUAAUAAAUGCGGUAAGCCUUGUGAAGAUUUGUCUCUUGAGUGCUCAAAGUUGGAGUGUAAAUAUAUUGUCCACUUGGAUUGUGUAGUACACUACACUCUACGGUGUUUUCUGUGGUGGCGCAUGUAACAAUUCAGAUGUAAUCAUAUUUGAAACCUACCACUUCAUUUGUGGGUAAACUAAAGAGCAGAGAACUGGGUUUGAUUCUUGUGAUGUUAGUUGUUGAUGUCAUUGUAAUUUGGUUUUUCUGACCUUUUAAGUUUUAAAGAAAUGUCAUGUAAUAAUCUUAAGUUGAAACUUGUGUGAUUUGCAUUGAUGUGUGAUUGUUGAUUUUAGAAUUUCUUGUAAUAUGGGAGUGUGGUUGUACCUACAACAAUAAAGGUGUUGCUGGAUGCUUCUCUUUGUUUCUUUA